GGAAAGAGGGCAUGUUACGGCGCUGGUUGUUGUAGCCCUAUAAACCAUCAACACUGAAUUUGAGAUUCAAAAAAUUGUCUUAUAUUUGUUGAACAGUAGUGUGUACAGUGCUAGAAGACAAUUAUGAAUGAUAAAAUGGAACUGCCAGUGGAGUUAAAGGAAGCAUUGAACCGUGUUAUGUCUAAGAAAAAAAUGGAGCUUUCUCCAUUGCUGGACUGCUUUGAUAAACUAAAAAUCCAAGAAGAUACAAUUAAUGGUGCGGAGAUAUAUGCUAAUAAAGAAAUACUUUCUGCUCAAAGUGAUCAUGACUCAAGUCCUAUCUCAGUAAGUGAACUGAAUGAGCUGAUGGGAGAGAUUGAGGAAUUACAACAUGCCCUGAUAAAUCACAGAUUAGUCAGAGAUACUAUGCAGGAAUCAGCCUUUAAAAUUCAGAUACAGGAAGCCGUACACAAUAGCAUACAGAGUAUGGAUACAGGUAACUUCGUGGAUCUCUUUCCAGAGAAAGGGUUUUUGCUGUCCCACUACAGUAAUAACCUUAACACAAGCAAAGAAUUGCUUAGUGUUAUUCAGGAGAAGGAAGAACUGGAUCGAGAGAUCUUUGAUCAACGUUUGAAAUACAGGAAACUUCUACAAGAUAUAAGAGAGAAAUGGCUGGCAGUUGAGCAUAAUAUGGUGCAAGUAUCGGAGGAAAGUGAGAGUGUUACAGUGUUGCUUUUGUGUGACAUGGCCUUCAGGAAGAGUGGCAAAGUUGAGGAGGAUGCAGAAAUAAAACGUCUCUCAGAACUCAGUGUGGGAAGAGAAAUGGAAACAGAUAAAACAAGUAAAAGUAUUAAGAAAUACUUUACAAGCACCCCAAAACAAAAGUAA